CACCAAGCUUCACGACGUUCACCAAUUGCCUCUGCGACGCUUCCAAGAGGUUCCUAGACAGUUGAGUUGAGCUUCAGCAACCUUAUUUCCAGCUCUUCAGCCUCCUCGCGCCACACUGAGGCACGAAAAGACCCACGCUUCCAGUACCGCCCACGGCGGCCCCUCACAACCUCACGAUGUCCACGCCAACGCCCAUGAUCACACGUCUCUCGACCCUCUCGCCGCCCUCGAAUUCACGAACAUGGCAGACUGCCCCGCAUCCAACCCAACCAAUUGUCGCAACAGCCUGCUCAGACCGCUCCGUGCGCAUCUACAGCCUGACAUCCUUCACGCUCCUCCACGCCAUCACCGGCGGCCACAAGCGCUCCGUGCGCUCCUGUAGCUGGAAACCGCACACACAGGGGCAGAACGUGCUAGCAACUGGUUCCUUCGACUCGAGCGCCGGCAUCUGGCGCAAAGAUGACGGCGACCGCCUCGAGCACGAAGUCAGCCGGGAAAUCGGCGACGAGGAAAGCGAAGACGCGGAGGAAUACCAAUUCUCGUGCAUUCUCGACGGGCACGAGUCUGAGAUCAAGAGUCUUACGUGGAGCCCGAGCGGUCAGUACUUGGCUACCUGCUCCCGCGACAAGAGCGUCUGGAUAUGGGAGGAGCUGGAGGAUGAUAAUUUUGAGACGGUGGCGGUGCUGCAGGAGCAUGAUGGCGAUGUCAAGUGUGUCGCAUGGCACCCUGAAGAGGAUCUGUUGGUGAGCAGUAGUUAUGAUGACACAGUGCGGUUUUACAGGGAGGAUCAGGAUGAUUGGGUGCAGGUGGCCGUUGUGGAGGGGCAUGGGAUGACGGUCUGGUGGGUGGAGUUUGAGGGGGGUAAGGCAGACAAACACGACUUCCGUGCGCAAAGAGAAGGGCUGCAAGAUACACAACUGCAACACAUCGAGGCGUUGGAGCGAAGCGGACCGAGGCUGGCGACGUGUUCAGACGAUUGCACAGUGCGCAUUUGGAGGAGAAAGCCGAGAGAGGGUGCGAACACCCAGAACUCGGGCAUGCCGUCGAUUAUUCGCUCCGCAGCUAUCGACGAGGACUGGUACCAAGAAGCCAUUCUCCCUCGCGCUCACGACCGCGCGAUCUACUCUGUCAGCUGGAGUCGCACAACCGGGCUUCUUGUCAGUGCUGGCAGCGAUGGCAAGAUCGUGGUGUACAAGGAAAGAUGGAGGAGCCAGGAGUCGAACGGCACUACGAAUGGCGCAGCAAUGGAGGGCGUCGAGGGAGCGGAUGGUGCUGCUGCUACGGAAGAAACCGAGACGUCACCGACUGAGUGGGUUGUGGUCGCGGAGAUUUUCUCUGCGCAUGAUGUUUUCGAGAUUAACCACGUUACAUGGGCAAAGAGGGCGGACAAGGGGAAGAGAUGGGACGGUGAGGAGGUUGUUAUCAGUACGGGAGAUGAGGGCGAGGUGCGCGUAUGGACACUGGACGAGGCUGUCUCACGCUUGUGAGACAAGCCAAAAACUUUGACAUAUGCUCUCAGCUCCUUAUGCGCUCUGCCAGCACUACCAGUCAUCCUGGCUUCCCAGAACACUUCAAUCACGACGUCCGAUCAUGACCAUCUCCACUGGACAAUGGACUGCGAUGCUCGAAGAACACAGUCACGCGAACAUAUGUUCUCGAUAACUGUCUUGUGGUGUAAUGAGAGAGCUGGAGAAGUUAGAUGAGGGCUUGAAGCCUCGUUGCAUGUACAGCGG